GUCCCGUGGGAGGGAAGUGACGGAGUAAAAGCAAUGUAAUCGAUAGAGAAUAGAAUAUUACAAUUUUUGCCCUGUUUAUUUCCUUGUUUAUAAAACCAUAUAAAUCCUACGAUGGCAGACCAAGAAGAAAAGGGAAAAGAAUUGGUGGCAGAAGCCGACAAGAAACUGAACUCGUCUAAAGGCUUCUUUGGAUCGUUAUUUGGAGGUUCAACAAAGGUUGAGGAAGCAGCUGAGCUGUAUGUGAGAGCGGCCAAUGCUUUCAAGAUGGCAAAGAAAUGGGCUGCUGCUGGUGAUGCAUUCUGUCGUGCAGCCCAACUACAGCUGAAGGCUACAAGUCGUCAUGAAGCAGCUACACAUUUCGUAGAUGCCGGCACAUGUUACAGGAAGGCAGAUCCCAUGGAGGCUAUUAACAGUUUCCGCAAAGCAGUUGAAAUAUAUACAGAUAUGGGUCGGUUUACUAUUGCUGCUAAGCACCACGAAAAAAUUGCAGAAAUAUACGAAACAGAAUUAGUUGACAUAGAAAAGGCAAUAACUAAUUAUGAACAGGCUGCUGAUUAUUUCAAAGGAGAAGAAUCAAAUAGUUCUGCCAACAAAUGUUUGUUGAAAGUAGCACAAUUUUCCGCUCAACUUGAAAACUACGAAAAAGCAAUUGAUAUUUAUGAACAGAUUGCUGUAGCUGCAAUGGAUAACAGUCUGCUUAAGUACAGUGCCAAGGACCACUUCUUCCGGGCUGCGGUGUGUCACAUGUGUGGAGCUGACCCCCUCAACACUCGUCUGGUCUUACAGAAAUAUGAAGAGAUGUUCCCAGCUUUUUCAGACUCAAGAGAAUGCAAGCUUUUGAAGGCUUUACUUCAGGCGUGUGAGGAUGAAAAUGUGGAAGCCUACACAGAUGCUCUGAAAAACUAUGACAGCAUAUCUCGUCUUGAUCCCUGGCUGACCAGCAUGUUUCUAAAGGUCAAGAACACCCUAAGCUCGGAGACCGAACUGUGUUAACUUUGCAACUGCGAUUUAUAUCUCUACAUAAUGUGACGAACAUUUUAAUUUAUUGUAGGUGGUGGUAUCUGUUAGAGGUACCACCAGUCAUUCAUCUUGAUGAUAUUCAUUUUUUGUAGAUAUAUAGUAACUUGAUCAAUCACUGUAAAUUACUUGACUUAAGGAGAACUAAAAACUAAAAUAUAGACACAGUUGACUUUAGAACUUAGAAGGGUAAAAUAUUUGUAAAAACCAUCUUGCUGUUAGAAGGAACUAAUAUUCUUUAAUAAAACUGAAAUGGUUUCAGAGGGAAUUAAUAGUAAAAAUAUGGUAUGAUCUUCAAAUAAACCAAACAUUUAAAAAUUGACUUAGUCUUGGAUGAUUUUUAAAUGGAACAUUCCUCAAUGUUGUGCUCAUGCAGCGACCUUCCCAGUGUGACAGUUUGUUUAUUGUCAUUCCAAAAUGACUGCUGCUUUACAUGUGUAUGUAAAAUAAGCAAGUUGUUUGAAUGUCUGAAUUCCAAUUAUUGUUUAUUCCAUAAACCGACAGACUGAAAAGACUUAAUCAAGUAUUAAUUUUUCUAAUAGUCAUAUCCAAUUGUUUUAUAGACAUUUCUCUUCAUAUGUUUUAAAAUAACAAACAUGAUUAUUAAUAGUUAUUGAUCAGAAAAUAAAAUUUUAUAUUUAAAAAAAAAAAAGUGUAUAAGCGAUCUUGUUAUACAUUGCCAUCAAUGUAGUGUAAUAGUCUAUAGCAUAGUUUAUCUUGGUAUACAAAACUAUAACAGUUUUACAGUUUAAAAAACCCUUCAGCAUAGUAACCUUUACCUGUUGUUAUAUUGAAUGUGUUUUUCUUCCAACACAGACUGUAAAUAUGAUUUGUGUACUAGUAGUCAUUUAAUGACAGGCUUGUGGUUUAAUAGCAGGUUUACUGGCACUUAGAGCCACACCUUGUUUGCUGUUUCUAAGCUGUUGAUGUUUAUUAGAUUACCAGUAAAAUUGAAUGCCAUGAAUUUGAAAUAAAAAUGUUAGGAUGCUUAGAAGAAUAUAUACCACGUAUAUGUAGGCAAAUUGUUAUUUAGAAAUCAUAUUAAAUUUUUUUUUUUUUUUUUUUUUUUUUUUUUUUUUUUAAAUACAUUUCCAGUGAUAAUAGUCACAAUGUAAGAAACGUGUUUUAUUGAAAUGUCUGGAAACCAGAUGGUUAUGUUAUUUGGUUACACUAUGUGUACAUAUUCUGAAAACUAAUUCUACAUUGCUCAUUUCUUUCAUAACUUUAGUGCACUAAGCACAGCAAAAUAUUGUUAUGUAGAUUUGUCAUUUUUUUUACAGUAAACAUUUGCAUUUAUUUAUCUUUCUUUUCAAUCUUCAUAAAAGCUUCCACACAAAUAAUAAAUGCUGAUUAUAGUCAAAAUAAUUAGCAGGUUUUGUCUUGCCUGGGUGAGUUGGAAGGAAAGUAAUAUGUGCUACUUUUCAGGAGACAUAUAAAGGAAAGGAAUGUUUAUUUAAUGACACCUCAGCAUAUUUUAAACUAUGGCUAUUUGGUGUCUUAUCAUAUGGUUAACAUCAAUGGAUCUUGUAUGUGCACUUUCCCACAGACAGGACAGUAUAUACCAAGGCCUUUGAUGUACCAGUCAUGGGGAACUGGUUUGGGUGGGGUCCAGUGUCCACUGAGGAGUAUCAAUCCUGCAAUCCAUCACACCUCGGGCAAAAACUCUCCUGGAGACAAUGUUAGCUUUUCUGCAUGGAACAUUGUUUUUAAAAGUUUGAUUACCAAUAACUAUUUAGCAUUUGUAAAUUGUGUAGCAUCUCUGAAACAUGGUGUUUUAAAUUUUUGAGUUUAGCUGCUGUUUGUUUAACACCAAACUAGAUUGUGGUAUAUUAGACAUUUAAUUGCAUAUUUAUUUUAUUAGCAAGGAUGGAGGAGAAAACAAAACUAAAAUUUGUCAAGAAAAAAUGUUAUGCGGCAUUACAAGAUUAGUCAUAGUGACACCAAAGUAUUAAAAUUUUGUUCUUGUACAAUAACUUUACUUUAGUAUCAUGUACCCUCUCCUGGCUCUAAUGUUUCAUAGUAAGAUGUCAAAUAGCUUUCCUCAUUAGUUAUUUCAAAUAUUGCUCCACAAAUAGUUUACCAAAAUCUGUGGCAUCCUAAUGGGGUCAGGAAUGGAAGAUUCCUUCUUAUUCUGGUACGGGUAACUCCAGUGAUAGUGGAAGGUUUCAUUUUAGAUGUACCUUUUCUUUUUAAUAGUGAUCACUGAUUGUAUGGUGUUAUAGCUUUGUUGAAAUAAAAUUAUUUUACACAGAUAGGAUUUUGAAUAAAAUGUUACUUGUGGUAAUUUUUGUUUCAUACCCAUGACAAUGCUCUGAUAUUUAAAAAAGAAAAUCUUGAUUUGUUUCAGCAAUUUGUAGCACAUAGAAAAGAUUCUGUAGCUUAUGGUUAAAUAUUUCGAUACAUAUAUAUAUUUGCAUGUUUCCUAUGAUUGAAUGCAGACUGUCAGUGCUGUGUGUGUUAUAAAUAUACUGGGAGUAGAAGAAUUAAACGGCAUGGAUUUCAAAAUAAAUGUAUUGUUUUAUUUAUGAAAUAUGUGUUUUGUUUCCUCAGGAGCUGGCAAGAGGCAAUGUGUUGCUUUGUUUAUUACUCACAAUGUAAAAUAAAUAAUGUGCAAUAAACUGAGAAAUAAAAGAUCUUCUAUAGUACCACAGGUAAACAAUGACAUCGGAUAUGUUAGGCCGAUACUUAUGUUAUAUAUAUGUAGCUAUAGUAUUUGUAUUUUGGGUUUCUGUUUGGGGGUACCUGUGCUCUGAACUAUCUAAAACAAAAAUCUUGCAUAUCAAGCUAAUGUGGCAGACUGAAGAUUAAUAUCAUAUAAGAAUCAUAUACACAGUUUUAACUUGUGUCAUUCUUAGCAGCACAGGGUAUUUUUCUCUACAAAGGCCAGUAAUGGAAGAUAAAAACAACCUAGGUAAAUGCAAUUAAAAUAACCUGGUUAACUUUAGCUCUGCAUUUUUAACCAUGCAGAUAAUGUAACAGGUUAUAAAAAAAACAUUUGUAAAUAUUGGCAUAUCGUGUUUAUCAAGAUGGAUUAUAAUCACCAACCCAUUUCAAGUGCUUGCAACCUAUUCCUCUUACUUGAUGAAAACCACACUUUGCAGUUCUUAAACAUGAACUAAAUUAUUAACAGAAAUUUAGCUUAUGCUAACAUUGUUAAGCAAUACGGUAAAUAUAACAUAAUAUGGAUUGUAAAUAUGCUGCUGCUGUAUGGAUUGAACGUUUCUAAACCCCAACUCUGUAUUUUCUAAUUAUUAACAAUGACCAAUCAUUAUUGUUUUAAGACAUUACACUGAAUGUUACUGUAAUUUGUAUGUCCAACAUGCUGGCUUACAUAGCCAGUGGUAAAGUUUAAUAUAGAUGUGAUAGAAAACAAAUUAAUACUUUUCUGUGUAGUAUCUUUCGUAACCAUAAUUUGCAAUUAUGACUUCAUGGAAAGUUGUCAUCUUGUCUUUGACCAGUGACAGCCUGAACUGUAUCUCUUGGUGCAUGUUGAAAUGUGUGUCGUGUGUUGCCUGGCACCGGUAUGAAAUAGCAGUACCAAAAAAAAGAGAUUAUACCUUUAUUAGCAAUCGGGAGCCAAUUUUAUAAAACAUUGUAAAUUUACAUGUGCAACUAGCAGUUAUACCGGACAUAUGUUUACAUGUGUUUGACAUCUAUUUCAACUAGAAAAUGACAUCAUUACAGAAGAUGGGAGGUUUUUUAAGGAUAAAAGAAGAUGAAAAUAUUAGUAAGGCUCUCAAUGGAACAAUUCUUUUGUUUAGCUAGUUUUUAGAUAUAGCCUACAGAGUAUUUCCUUGAAAUUACUAAAAUGUGGUUGAUUUUGACAAAAUUUUAUUAACUAAAUGUAGCCACUUUGUAUAAAACUUAACAGUUGGCUAAUUUGGCAACGGACAGGGCGAGCCCUGUGUUAGUAGUAAUAAGAAAUGAGCUUUAGUCGUAGAUUUAUGUUUAUGUCCAAAACUAGGCUUGCAAUGUUUUGUGAAAUUGGGUCCUGUUGUUAAUCUGUGUUCGACAAAUGUUUGAGAAAAUCACUAGUCCUCACCGAAGCUUUGGCUAGUGCCCUAUGUAUUAUAGUUACGUGGAUUUGUUGAACCCUGUUGAUACACAGCUUUUGUAUAUAUUGAAUGCGUUUGACGUCUUCACCCGUUACAAUUUUUGCACUAAAUGUUUGUUAAUUUGAUAUUGUUUGUAUAUGUCUAGUUUGUGUACUUUCCACAUUUAUAGUAAUUUUUAGUACUAGAACAGAACUAUGCAUGGGAAUGAUAACAUUAUUUUGUCAUAGUCAUUUCUUUAAAAUUCUAGCGAUAGCCAAUUUAAAUAAUGUAAUUGGUCUUAUAUGAAUUUGAGUUGAUAAAUAGCUUUGAUCAGAUUGAUGCAAGCAUUUUGACACGGAUGUCCUAGUUUUCUAAAUGCAUGUACAUGUAUGUGUAUUUCUAACCUCUGGUCAUAAAUAAUGGUGUGAUCAUAAAAUGGUGUGGGCUGAAGAGAUGGUGUCAAUAUUAGUGAGUCACCAUUGCUUUACCAUUAUAUCAAUAAUAUCUGGUAGUUUACAGUGUGUUUUGUGAGAAUAUGAUUUACAUGUGAACAUUCAGUGUUAUAUUUCACAAGUCACUCGAUUGAACUUCCAUCAAUUAUUUCUCUUUCUCUCCGUUUCUUUUUAUUUAUCAGUGUGGUGAAAUGUUUUUUAGUUUUUUUUAAUAAUUACUUUUUAAAUUCAGUGAAACCAUAUACACAUAUAAAGGACAUGUUCAGUUUGAUUAAGAAUUGUAGGCAUGUGUUUCACAGGUGUUGUCAGUUGUACCCACAGUGAUAGAUUUUGUUGUAAUAUGCAAUCGAUAUUACCAUAAUAGAUAACUACAUUAUACAUCAGUAAUGCUUGUAGAACUUUAUGGUGAUGGGUAUACAGUGAAAUCCUUCUAAACCAGACACCCAAGAGACUUAAGUAAAAAGUCUGGUUUUACAGGUAUCUGGUUUAGACAGAUUAUGUUAUGUACCGAUAUGUAUAAACUGUCUGUGGUAAACGCCAGUUUUUGAGAUAAUUCCUAUAUAUAGAGGCUUGAUGGGUGUCAUUCCUAUAUAUAGAGGGUUGAUGGGCGUCACUGUAUGUACUACUAGGCAUGUCCAUGCAUGAAAAUGGAAAACUGUAUUUACAUUGAUUGAUCUGACUAAAACAUUUAUAUUAAAGUUAGCAUAAAGACGAAGUCAAUACCACGCCAUCUCUGAGAGGAUAAAAGUAAUGGAUGGGAGUUCAUGAAUAUACUGUAGUAUAUAACAUUUGAUCAAGGGGGAAAAAGGCUGUGUACCAUUUGUGUUUGAAGCAUAUUGCUGGAGAGAAAAUAUAACCUUUUAAGUAUUUGUGUUUAUUAAAAAAAAUUCAAGACAAGUAUCUUAGAUAAAUACUUGUUGUAUUGAAAUUUAGUUAUAUGAUAUAAUACAAUUAAUUUAGACAAUUGUGUUGCAAAAUUAAAUGUGCAAUUUGUAUAUUUAUAUAUGUAUUAUAGUAAUUAAAGAUAUCAAAUAUG